ACAUCAAAAAUAGCUCAAAAACAACAAAUCAUUCCGGGUAAAACAUAGUGUUGAUUCUGGUUUUCAUUAGACAACUUACGUCACGUACAAGACAAAGGUAUUUAGGAAUAAGAUGAUGGUUUAGUACAAUAAGCUUGCGUGCUAACAACAUAUCACUUGCGUUGUGGUAAUUGAUUUGAGGUGAAAACUAAUCCAUUAAUACACGAAGGAAAGCUGUUACCCAAGCCAUCUAAAACUGUUUUCACGCUGCAUGCCAAGAGCUUGGAGGACAGCGAUACAUCAUAUAUAUAGCUAAUUUAAUCGCGGAAAAGAAACACUUCAAAUUCCAGAUGAAUACAAGUAAUUUCUCAUGUCCUGAACCUCCAGUGUUUGUAUGGUAUGAGCACCCUUUCAAUGUCAGUAUGUUUGUACUGUAUGUGUUACUUAUUGGAACCGCUCUGAUUGGCAACGCAUUAGUGUGUGCGGCUGUAGUUAUAAGUCCAAGCCUUCGUCAGAACAUUGCGAGUUAUUUCAUUGUAUCACUGGCUGUCUCAGAUAUUAUUACAGCAUGUCUUUCGUUGCCGUUUGAAUCAGAGAUGUACAUGACGUUUGGCCGAUGGUAUCACAGCGAGUUGUUGUGCACAGUUUGGCAAACUGUUCAUCUUAUGAUCGUCCCUACUUCAAUGUGGAAUCUUGUCGUACUUAGUAUAGAUCGAUAUAAAACGCUUAAGAACCCAUGGGAUCGAUUCAAAGAGUCGCCGUUCAUGACAAAAAGGCGAGCUCUAAUAGUAAUAGCCUUGGUUUGGAUUUGUUGCAUGGGCCCUGUCAUAGCAGCACAAAUGUGGUGGAAAUUCCAGGAAGGCGGAAGUCUAGUUUAUUUUUGUGAAGGCACAGAGUGCUUUGCUAAUGUCUCCAUACUCUACUUAAUGAUUAGUAAUGUGUUAAACUUCUACAUUCCUAUGUUUGCUAUGUGUGUUCUCUACUACAAAAUCUACCAGAUUGCAAGGACUCAAUACCUGACAAGACCAACAAGUGCUAUGUUGGAGCUCAAGUCAGCUGACUCUCCGGUAUCAAGACCUAAAAGCAGCAGAAAAUCUCAAGCAUUAACGAGUGAAAACAGACAUGAAAACCCUGCCAUAGAAGAACAAGGUCAUAUAAAUGUAGCUGUAGACGUCAAUAAUGGUCCAAAAUUUAAACGUUGUGGCACUAUGAUAGAGGAACUAGACGAAGACAAUGACAAAAAUACCACCUCACAAGAUAUGCGUCACGCUGUAGCAGUUGAUGAGAGACGCGCAGGUAAAGAUGAAGGUAACAAAGAUAGCAACGAUAUACAUGAACACCAUGAAACUGAAAACCACGAGUGCCCGGAAAACAGUGGGUCUAUUGACUGCGAUAAAUCAUUAGAGGACGCUCGGAUCACAGAGGGAAAUGAUGAACGAGACGGAAGUCAAAACAGCGAGGAAAAGUCCAUAGAGAAGGACAUACCUCAAAAUGAAGAGCCUCAACAGCAGGAUAAUCAGAGCCGAGUAAAACAGGAAAUUCCUUUCGUGCCCUUAUCAGAACCCGUUGUUAAUGAAGAUCACGAAAAUGAGAAAAACAGUGAUCCGGGGCAGACCCUUGGCCAGGAAGACGACUGUAAAAAAGAUGAUAUCGCUGAGGAUGGCAAUGGUGAUAAUAAUAAUGAUGAUGAUGAUGAUAACGAUGUUGACAAGAAAAUGAAAAGUGAAGCGUCAAUGGGUCCCAGACAUAAUGAUAGCACUGAGACGCACUCAAGAAGGGACGUUAGCCCUGAAAUGCAAGAAGAUACAAGCAAAAUGCCCUCGCAAGACGUGCUUGAGUUGGAUCCGGGUACCACAAGCACAAACAUCGAUUCAGUGAAUGCAGAUAACAACAGCAUGACUGACUAUGAAACACAUCAUGCUGGUCACCACGCUAGAAUUUCUUAUGAGAUGCACGACUAUCUACGAAGAAAACUUAGUGGUGAGUACAAGAUGAAAUAUGCAAGCCGUGAAUCAAUUGAGAGCACAUGCACAUUGCAAUCCAAUCUACCUGACUAUCGAAACAGCACUUUAACAAUUAACAUGCAAACUUCAAGGGAGAACAUCAACGCCUUUGGCUCGAUGGAAAACAUAACAAAGAGAAGAAAGAUUUUUGUCAAAAAUAAGAAAGCAGCGCGCACUAUCGCCAUCAUAGUUGCAGCAUUCCUUGUGUGUUGGUUGCCCAUAACAACGAUGAGCGUCGUUUUAAACUUAUGUAUCGUGACAAACUGUUUUCCAAAAAAUGAUGUUUCGACUAUUGCGAUAACCAGACGCGUUAUAACAUUUAUUGCGUACGUAAGCUGUGCAAUUAACCCCUUCGUGUAUAGUUACAGGAACCUACACUUUAGAAACUCCUAUCGUAAAAUGUUAAAAAAGUUUUGUCCUUGAAAGUCUUGCCUUCUAAAGAAGCCUCCGCCAGUAUAGAAAAACAAAUUCAGAGUUAAACAACAUAGCUCAAGAUGUGUGUAUAGUGGAGAAACUGAAUAUCCUGAAACUAAAUAGAGAGUAAAUACAUGUACGGCAUAAAUUACAGACUUAAACUGAUAUCCAUUAAGUGGUGGGUCAUUCUAAAGUUCAAAAUUGUAGGGUUUAACUUGGUAGCGUUUGUAAAUGAGCCCAACAAAUUAGUCUUACAUACAGCGAGACAUAAACUAGUCUCACUCACAGCCUGCCCUUUUGUCGAGCUUCCUGGGAGGGAUGAAAGGAGGCUGCAAAGGAGAAUUGGCACCCCACCAAACAAUAAUAGACCAUGCUGCCCUUUACGAAAAAACGGGAAAAAAGGUUUGCUUAAGGGGUUACACAUUUUCAUAAUACUCUUAGAUAUAUUAGCCAAUAAAAGUCAUGUUCUCAAGAUAGCUGGUUGCCUGAUCUUGUUUUGAUGCAUGUAAACAUUUAAAACCACAGCCUUCAACCCCAAGGGGAUACCAUAGGCAGCAUUUCUACAAUGAUAAAAGUCCCAGCUUUUUCCAUUAAUUUAGACAAUAAUUCAUCCACACCCUACAGAUUGAUGCUGUCAAAGCAGUGUCAAAUCCCAGUUAUAUGUGGUGUGAUUCUCCCCAGAGUACGGGGGUUGGGGUUUCCAUUAACUAUUCUUUUGACUGACUUUUAUAAGUAACCUGCGUAGCCAGUUGCUAGGAAUGCCUGGCUACGCAGGCUACUUAUAAGCAGAUAGGGUACAAAAAUGAAUGUUACUAUAAAACCUGCAUUGCUUCAGGGUGGUUUUUCAAAGAAAUAAAAUUUAUUGGUUUACCAGUA